AUGCCUCAUGCCAUGCCAGCGCCUGGCUUUCAGGCCAUAAUUCUUUGCGGGCCAGGAUCGUCUUUUCCUACUUUCACUUCCAAUCCUGAUAAGAACCCAAAGGCUUUGAUACCAAUAGCAAAUCGUCCUAUGGUUUGGUAUCCUAUUGAUUUCUGUUAUCGAAUGGGUGUUACCAAUAUCACUCUCAUUACACCACCUUCUUCGGAAGAAGCUAUUAAAACUGCAUUAGCCACAAAUCCGCAUUUGACUAGCCUACCGUUACCAAAACCAGAUUUAUUAGCACCCGAAGAUCUAGACCAAACGACAGGUACUGCACAGAUCUUUCGAUUACCGGAGGUACGAAACAUCAUCAAGGGUGAUUUCAUUGUACUUCCCUGCGAUCUUGUUUGUGAGCUUGGCGGCGAAUCUUUGAUAGAAUCAUGGAUGGUAAAGGAAGGAGGGUUGGGUGGGGCUACAGGAGGAGAUCACGAGGGCCCGAAAAUGGCACUUGGUGGUGAACGAGGUGGUAGACGUGGCGGGCUUGGAGUGUGGUACGAGACUAAGAGCGAAACAAUAAUCAAAGGUGAAGAAACAGAUUUUAUUGCGACAUCGCCCCUCGCCGCCACCUCCGUACCACCCUCCAAAUCAUCUUUGAUUCCUCAUAUCUCGAAGCUGGUUUACUCUGUCCCCACAGAUACCCUAAAGGAUAUAGUUGAAGACAAAAAAGGUUUACCAAUUCGACAUGCCCUAGUACGCAACCAUCCCCGCAUUCGAAUGCUGAGUUCGCAUCGAGAUGCACAUAUUUACAUUUUCCCUGCCUGGGUGAUGGACAUGAUUAACGUAAACGAGCACAUGGACAACCUUGGUGAAGAUGUUAUUGGCUGGUGGGCUAAGGCGGGGUGGCAACAAGGUCUAGGCGAUAAAUUGGGCUUGCGAGAUAUUUUCGAGAACACAAGACCCGAUGAGUCCGAUGAUAAUAUGCUUGACAACGGUCCUGCAAGUGAUGAUGUCGAUUACGGCAAUCUGAGUUCGACUUGGACAUCUAAACUCCAAGAACCACUAUCGGGCAAAGCAUCAGAUUCGUCAAUCUCUAAUGGAAAACCAAGCUUUGCUAUUCCUCCGAUUCUAGCAUACAUCCAUCCUUCAAAGCCCAUACCGGAAGGGCUCCCACCUCUUAUUCGACGUGUCGAUACUGCGCCCAUCCUUCUAAACGUAUCCCUACAACUGGCUAAAAUCGAAGCUAUCGAUCAAGUCGGCCGCGAUGCUGCCUCUCCAUUUGCCCAUAAUAGCAAAAUAGCCUGGCCAGAAGGAAUUGCCCAGAAGACCACAGUACGACCAGAUUGUCUUUUAGCCGAAAAUGUUAUUGUUGAAGAGAAAUGCAUUAUCAAAGAAUGUGUCAUCGGUGCAAACUGUCAAAUUAAAACUGGAGCAAGACUGACUCGUUGUGUAUUGAUGGAUGGAGUUACUGUGGGACAAUCAUGCACAUUAACCGACUGUGUACUAGGAAAGGGAAGUGUGAUUGGAGAUAGAUCGGAGCUGCAAGACUGUGAAGUUCAAGAAGAGUUUGAUGUCGACCCUGGGACCAACAAAAAGAAAGACAGACUCAUGAGUGCUGCUGGAUUAGGUGUAGCCACCGAAGAAGAAAUUCAAGAUUUCAGAAAUGAAGAUUCCGACGGAUCCGAAUCAAGCUAG